AAUCCUCAAAACAAAUGAAAAAAAGCACAACCCAGACAAGAGAUACCAGAGAUUCAUAGAGAUGGAAGGAGAGCACAGAAAUGAUCAGGAAGGAAAUGGGAAGAUAGUAUGUGUAACAGGUGGUGCUGGAUACUUGGCAUCUUGGCUCAUCAUGAGAUUGCUUCAACGUGGAUGCUCCGUUCGGACCACCAUUCGGUCUGACCCCAAAUUUAAGGAAGAUGUAAGCCACCUGAAAGCCCUUCCUGAGGCUGCAGAGAAGCUCCAAAUUUUUGAAGCAGAUCUUGAAACCCCCGAAAGUUUUGACGCUGCAAUUGACGGGUGUAUCGGUGUCUUUCUCGUUGCUCAAGGAAUUGGUCUUGAACAAGCCUACACUCAAGAAAAAUUACUCAAGACAUCUGUGGAAGGAAUUCUUGGAAUUCUCAAGUCAUGCUUGAAGUCUAAAACAGUGAAAAAAGUUGUGUACACAUCUUCUUCAGCUGCAUCAAUGAUGGUAAGUAAUCUCAAAGUUGUAAAAGAAAUUGACGAGACAAUGUGGUCCGAAGUUGACCAUUUCAUUGGCAAACCCGAAAAUGUCAUUCCUGCUGGUCUAGCAUAUGUGGUUUCAAAGACUCUGACAGAAAGAGCUGCCAUGAAAUUUUCUGAAGAACAUGGAUUGGAUCUUGUUACUAUACUUCCUUCUAUGAUUGUUGGUCCAUUUAUCAUUCCCAACCUUCCUGAGAGUGUUUCUCUGGCCCUUUCUGUAAUUUUGGGUGACAGGACGAAGAUGAUCCGUCUUAAACCUACAAAUGCAGUACAUAUAGAUGAUGUUGCUUCAGCAUAGAUAUUUCUUUUUGAAUGCCAAAGUGCAAAAGGAAGACAUAUUUGUUCUUCAGUUGAUUUUACAAUACAUGAUGUGGCUAAAUUUAUAGCCGAGAAGUAUCCGGAAUUUCAAUUACCAACUGAUUUACUAAAGGAAAUUGAGGAAGAAAAGCCAGUUCAUCUGUCCUCAGAUAAGCUGUUGAGUAUGGGAUUUCAGUUCAAAUAUAAUUUGGAGGAGAUGUUUGGUGAUGCAAUUCGAAGCUGAAAAGAGAAGGGUUUCCUUUAGAAUCUACUAGUAGUAUGGUUCUGGCGAGAUGUCGGAGUAGCGCAAUAUGCCCUGUGUGCAUAAGCUAUCUAGCUUGUAUUACUGUUUUGUGAAAUGAAUAAAUGGUUUUUUUUUUGUGAACUUGAUUUUACAACAGGGGGUGUAUCUCUUCUUGACAUUGAAGCUUUGUAGCAGUUGUGUUGCUUAUAA